AUGCCACCUAUCGACCGCACCCACUACGAAAUCCACCUAGCAAUAUGCAAACAAACUCACCCCUCCGACCCAAUCCACUGGAUCCUCCUCCUCGCCCACCCCAACGACACCCACUGCAUCUGGUACCACUCGGUCAACGAAACUGGCCACGAAGGCGCCUACGAAAUGCUCAUCGAGCCAAACAAGCGCUUCAACAGCUGGGCCUUUGCUGAGAAGAUUUUCCUGGGCUUGAUCCCCGUGGAACUGGGUGUGGUGGUUAGUCGGGAGGCGUGUAAGGUUCCGCCGCAGAAUUGUCAGUAUUGGGUUGUUUAUGUGCUUAUGCGGCUUGAGCGGGUGGGGUUGGUGCAGAGGGGGUUGUAUCGACGGUGGAUUGGCCAGGUUAGUGAGAGAUGGGGCGAUGAGGGGCCGGGGGAUUUAAGAGAUUAA